CUGCCAAGGCGCCGCUGUACAUCAGAGACUGAUGAGACAACAGAACAAACGCUGGCACUCUCUGCUUUUUAGCAUCUGCUGUGCAGACUAGUUCAGGUCUGCAGGUGUGUCGGCCGGAUGUGUGUGGUUCGUAUCUGCAGACGGUUCGAGAAGCAGGUGCGCUGCCGUGAUUUUGGUCGUUCUCAAAGGGUUACUUGGAGGAUGCGCCGCUGUUCUUUGCUGUCACUUCCGGGCGAGUCGUUGGCGAACUAGCAGAUCACAUCACCGGCGAAGAAGAAGUUGAUCAACAUCGAUGCUCCGCGCAGGCAGGAUGGAGGAGUUUGUCACGGAGGAAGAGGAGCCGUGGUACGACCAGCGGGACCUGGAGCAAGACCUACACUUGGCGGCUGAGCUCGGCAAGACCCUCCUGGAACGCAACAAGGAGCUGGAGGACUCUCUACAACAGAUGUACAUCAACAAUGACGAGCAUGUACAAGAGAUAGAGUACCUGUCCAAGCAGUUGGAAAUGUUGAGGGAGAUGAACGAGCAGCAUGCAAAGGUGUAUGAACAGCUGGAUGUGACGGCCAGAGAGCUGGAGAUCACCAAUGAGAAACUGGUACUGGAGAGCAAGGCCUCGCAGCAGAAAAUAGACAGGUUGACGGGCACCAUGGAGACCAUGCGGGGUCAGGUGGACAGCCUGACAACUCGGGUGGAGGAGCUGCGAACUCUGGAGGAGCUGAGGGUCCGUAGAGAGAAGAAGGAACGGCGUAAGACUGUGCACUCCUUCCCCUGCCUCAAAGAGCUCUGCACUGCGCCAAGGUACGAGGAUGGUUUCCUGCUGGCCAACCCGGGCAGUGUGGACCUGGCUGAGAGUCAGCCAGUGGAUGAGGAGAAUGAGCGCCUGAGAGACAUUGUCUCGUCCCUGCGCUCAGCCGUGGCCACAGAGCGGUCCCAGAGGGAGGGUGCGGAGCGCGAGUGCGCCACUGUGCUGCAGGAGUUUGAGCGUCUGGAACAGCGUCUCUUGGGAGCAGAGGGCUGCCAGCUGCGCGUCCAGGAGCUCGAGGCUGAGCUCCAGGAGAUGCAGCAGCUGAGGAAGUCCAGGCUUUGUCUGAUUGGGGGCAUGGAAGACAGCCUGGAGACGCUGCUCCGCAACGGCCCUGAGACAGACACGCCAGAGGAGGGCGUAGGUCUGGAGGAGGGAGGUGAAGGAGGCGCUGGAGAGGCAGGGGACACGGGGCAGCAGGGAGGCCCAGUGAGGAAAAGCUGCAGCGACACGGCUCUGAACGCCAUCUCGGCCCGCGACGCCUCAGGUAGGCGCCAAGGCAGCUACGCCCUGCACGCCAAUGGCGUGCGCAAACGUGGCAUGAGCAUCCUGCGGGAGGUGGACGAGCAGUACCACGCCCUGCUGGAGAAGUAUGAGGAGCUGCUGGGAAAGUGCCGGCGCCACGAGGAGAGCCUGUGCCACGCCGGGGUGCAGACCUCCCGGCCCGUCUCCAGAGACCCCUCCAUGAAAGAGUACAGCAUGGUCUGCGCGGGGCCUUCGACAUCGGGUGCCGGUGCCGUUGCCACCCCUCCCACACCCCCGCAAACUCCCUCCACCCCAGAGGCCCUGGAGGGGAUCAGCAGGCAGGUGGAGCAGGUGGACAAACGUCUCAGCCAGAACACGCCGGAGUACAAGGCCCUGUUCAAAGAGAUCUUCUCCCGCCUGCAGAAGACCAAGUGUGACAUUAAAUCCACCAAGAGCAAAAAGAGUAACAAAUGAGCAGGAGAUACAACAUGCACUGAAAACAGUGACCGCACAGAAAAUAUUUAAUUUACCUCACUGUUUGGAAAGCUUGUGUUACAUUUGACCACUCAUGACUUAAUGGGUGGAAGCCUGUAGUCAUGGAGCUGGUUGAUUAAUGAUGCAUAUUGUUAGCGGUGGACGGCUGAUUAAUCUGAAAGUGGAAUCUUAUAUUUCAUUACAUGUAUGGAAGAUUUUUGCUGAAAUGCCUUUUUUGGAGUGAUUGUAAUUAGAAUUAUUGUUUCUGUCCUAGGACAGUCUAGCGUGUGAUGUCCUCGUAAUUGAGAUGUACUAAUGCAGAAAUAAUUACUUUUUAAUUAAUAGUGAAUAAUUAAGCCAAAUAAUUCAUAUAAAAAGACCACUGGCUUUGAAACUACUUAUGGCAUUUGAAGCACAUAUCUGUCUAAUAAACACUAAGUGCUAAAUAAAGUUUAACGCCGGUAUGAACUGAAAUCGCACGCUUUUGACCAGCUUGAGGUUGCUUAAAGUGCUGAACGUGUAUUUUGAAUUUGUUGGAUGGUUGACAUCCUUCAAGACAGUUGCCAAAGUGUAUUGUGCAUUAAGUGUUUGAUGGCGAUUAGUUUACUUAGAUGAACUUAUAACGUAUGUAGUGAAGGACAUGGCGUCUGAAGCGACUCCUCGGUGGUGUUUUACAGCAUGCAGGGCACUGAUCCGUUUCAGGGAUUCAUUCCAUCAUCUCAGACAUGACACCCGUCGGUUCUACGCUGCUGUGCUACCACAUUGUCAGUUGUUCUUGUAGAAGGCCAUACAAAAUGUAUUGUUGAUUAAAAGAAAAAGCCUCCACCAUGUUCUUUUUUUUCUGUUUUCAAAUGUUGCAACAAAUCUAAAGAUACAGCAUGUUGAUUAAAACAGAACACAUGCAAGCCCAGUCUGAACACUUUAUUGUCACAGGAGAUCAGUAAUACAAGUUGCACACAUUGAGUCAAACCCAAACCCACAGAGAAAAAAACAUCAGUCCGUGACACGAGAGCUUAACGAAGCUGCAGAAACGGACUUCAUUCCCAUACUUCUGGAGUGUAUAAAAAAAGACGUAUGUCUGUCUGAGUGGGGCUGAUGUCUCUAUACUGAUAAAUGUCAAUUACAGAAAACCUUUCACCUCACUGAUGAGCACGUAUGAGUGCUGCAGAGUCAGCGGGAGCAGCAUGUGACUGUUAGAGACUGGAGGCACAGUCAGCAUUGGAAAAUUCUAAACUUGAGUAAUACAAGGUGAGCAGUUCAACAGACCUUGGACAUGCCUCUGGGACUAGAGAGGACACCAGGUGACAGACAACCAUUACAACCUAAAUACUCGUAUUUUCAGUUCGGAUAUUUAGACAGCUACAAUUAUUGCAGAGAAAAAGAUGUAAAUAGAGCUAACGUGAUCGACGGCAACACGUAAUGGUUUAACAACCUGAUCAAACCUGAAAUAAAAAGGUGUUAAAAGUCCUUAGUCCUGAUUCCCUGUCCAUGUAUUACCUAUGGUUAUAAAAACAGACACAUGGUGGCCUGGCAAAUAUAAUCUGAAGGCAAAUGGCUUGAUUACGUUGACUUUCUUCUUAUGGGUUCUUGUUAAGGCCACAUGGCUGCUAACCAGCCUGGCAAAUUACCCUGAUCAGGAGAGGAACAGCCACACCUACAGAGAGGUCACAAGGGGUCAGAGGUCAUUCUGUUUCCCCCGUUCAGUCAGCAGACUUUGUAGGGUGCUAAAUCAUUU